ACUUGUUUCCCCGUAACAAGUGACGCGCGGAUCGAGACUCCGUGCUCGUACGAUUCACUGUUUAGAGCUUCGUCAUCCUUCGUACGAGGAAGUUCAUAGUCCGGCGUCGCUAUGGUUGUUCCGCGGAUUCAAUGGAUUGUUCUGUGUUUCUUGCUGAUUCUGUCGUGUUGUUCGGGGACUAUCAGCAAAGCUACGCCUGAGAAGAAGCUGAAGAUCCUCGGUGUUUUCGGUCAUGCGGGAAAGAGUCAUUUCGAUGUCUUCAAGCCGUUGCUCGAAGAACUGGCGCGCCGGGGUCACGAUCUGACGGUGAUUUCGUACUUUCCUAGAACUGAGAAGGCCAUCGCUGCGGAUCCACUGCCGAAUUAUAAGGAUAUUAGCCUAUUAAGCGAAGGAAUGGAUGUGCUAUUAAAUGUAGUCGAUCUGCACGUGGUAGAUCACUCGCGGCUGCGUCUAAUCAAGGCAUUGUACAUGGUAAACUACAUGGCGUCUGUGACUUGCGAGGCCGGCUUGAAUAAUACACGUAUCAAGGAGUUCGCUAAAACCGAACAAAAAUUUGAUUUAGUGCUCACUGAAAGCUUCAAUACUCAUUGCUUUUUCUCGAUAUUCCAUCGAAUCGACGCACCUUUCAUCGAACUAUCCACGCAUCAGCUAAUGCCAUGGGUCUACGAUGAAUUAGGCUUUUCUUUCGAAGCUAGUUACAUACCGUCCAUAUUUACUCACGUCAGGAAGCCCCUGAAUUUCCUAGACAGAAUGGACAACCUCCUCAUGUCAUGGUUCAUGGCGUUCGUGUUUAACACCGUGUUCCACUGGCGAGAUCAAGCUACGGCUCAUAAGUAUUACGGUCCUGGAGUCCCCAAUCUCAAGCAAAUUGGUAGAAACGCGUCGUUAAUGUUAGUCAAUACUCAUUAUUCACUUCAUGGAGCUCAACCGUACCCGCCGAAUGUUGUGGAGAUCGGCGGGCUGCAUAUUCCGCGAAAGACGAACCCGUUGCCUAGAGACAUAGCAAAAUUCCUGGAUGAGGCCCACGAAGGCGUUCUGUAUUUUAAUCUUGGGUCCCUGGUCAAGGUUGCCACCAUGCCCGAGGCUAAAUUGUCUGCACUGUUGAACGUGCUCGGCUCAAUUCCGAGAAAGGUGAUUUUGAAAUGGGAGGAGGAGAACAUGCCCCGGAAACCCGACAACUUUCUGGUGAAGAAGUGGCUUCCCCAGUUCGAAAUAAUGAGAGGAAAAGGUAUUGCGAGAAAUUUACGUCAAAUUCGUACUAAAUGUGUUAAAAGUUUAAAUCAAAUCGAUCGAGGUAUAAUUUUAAUAGGAUCCUUGGGAAAACCCAUCGCGUCACCUCGAGCAAGCCCAUCGUUGUCGUGUUACCUUGAUUUAAAGGUGUGACUAAGAAAAAUUUAUCUUAUAAUUUGUGUACCUUUAUUUUGUAACCAGUUAUUCGGCUGGUUUUGUUAG